UGUAGAUAAGACGUGGGACAUAUAAGCAAGGCGGGGAGCGGCCUGGACGUAUAUAUUCUGCCUGUCUGCUAAACACCCGUCAACGAUUUCUUCAGCAUUAUUCAAACAAGAUUUCAGCUACACCAUGUCAAAGUUCCUUUUGACAGUAGCUUUGUUGGGAUCCAUUCUUCCCUGGGCGUUGGCGAUCUGCGAGCCGAGCUGCAGAGGAAAACAGCCAGGUGAAAAAACAGAAGACCCCAAAGACUGUCACAGAUAUUACAUAUGUAUGCCCGGCGAAAUACCUUCCGACGCUUCUCUAUCGUGUGGGGAUAAUAACCACUUUGAUCCAGCGAUAGGGGAGUGUGCAGGCGGCGGCCAGUGCACCCCCAGCUGCGAAUUACCUCCAUGCCACAUCACUUGUACCACCAGUGUUGACAUUAUCUCUGAUCCGUUUAACUGCACUGUGUAUAAGGUGUGUGCGGGCGGAAAUUACGUCGGCUCGUAUCAAUGUCCGCCUGACGCAUCGUACUUUGAUGGUAAGUACUGUCAGAAUGACCCGGAUCAAUGUUGCAGCGAGUUAUGCACACCGUAUUGUUACCCUGAUGUGAUACAGGCACCUGACCCUCAUGACUGCCACUCUUACUAUAUAUGCGAAACAGUGGGAGCGCCGGCAGAUGACCACCACUUCAAAUGCGGCGAUAAUCAGAUUUUCGAUUUCGUUCUCGGCCGAUGCAUUACAGGGGACAACUGCAGAAACCUGUGUAGUAAAUAAAAAAAGUAAGGAGACUAAGUUCUCUCGCAGCUGCUAUCUUGCAACUUCUCUUACUGUAUGUCCCUAUCGGAGUGUCCUUAUGAUUCCUGGGGGAAAAAAAUCCUUAUAAGUUGAAAUGUUCAUAUUAUUUCUAAACAUGUUCAAUUUUACUUCCUUUCUCCUCCUCCUCCUCCUCCUCCUCCUCUCCAAACUAAGCAUCUGGUGUUUCCUCCUUUUCUCCUUCAUUCUCUUGUACAUACCACUCCCAUCUUUCUUUCCUUCUGUAAAAUCGGAUGGAUGAAAUGACAAAAAGAAAACAUGCAAGAGAAAAUACGAAAAAAAAUAGAACAAAAUAUAUCAAAGGCAAAAUCAUGUAAUGCUAAAUAAAUUCACCUUAAUACAAAAAA